GGCAGACACCAGAGCUUCAGAGGUCUAGGAGGGAGGGUCGGAGACACCAGGCCGAGAGGGUUGGAGACAGGAUGCAGACAUCCUUGGGGACUGCACCCGCGACGACCCUGGACAUGGACAGUGUGCAGACACCCAGGGGAUUCCGAGCAGAGGAAGGGCCCGACAUGUGAAGGACGCGGGGUGAAGGGAGCGAGGAACUCGUAGAUCCCGGGAUUUCUGACAAAGUGGCUGACAGAUGAAAGGAGAGUCGGACCCCUAGAGGCCCAGGGAGACCCUCACGCCAUCUCCCCGCGCAGCGCAGAAAGGAAUCCGUGGUUGAGCAGAGCCGGAGAAAGAGGAGGCAGACAGCCAGCGGUUCACCCUCCGCAUGACUAGCUGCCGCCAUCGCUCGGGAUACUUGGCAGAUGAUGAGGCCGGCCACACCACCUAUGUGGCCCAGCCAGGUGCUGGACAGCCUACAGACGGUGGUGGAGGAAGCCACUGAACGCCUGACCACCAUGAAGACAGAGGCUGGAGUGCCGCUGGUGGAGGUGCAGGACCCAAUAGAGGUGCCGAGGGGUGGACAGCGGGUACGUGCCCGGCCUAGCCUCAGUACUGUGCACCGGCACCGUGUCCGGCCCAGCCUCUGCACUGGACGUCCCAACAACUACCCAUCCUGCUCUAGCUCCAUGUCUGACUCCCAUAGCAGCCUCAGAGCUGGCUGGCUGGGCUCCCACAGCCAGGACAGUGACCUGGGCACCCAUGGCAUGGGCUCACUGCCACCCAUGAGGGACAAACUUUUGCUGGAGAAGAACCUCAAACAGCUGCUGAAGCUGGAGAACAGAGGGAAAGGCCUGGGUCAGUCCUGCUUCCGGAGGGAUUCCCUGCUGUGGAACUCGCUGGGCAGCCAAGCCAACAGCCAGUGGACCCAGGAGCCGCCUCUGUCCUGGUUCUCAGGCCUGCUGGGCUCAAGCUCAGGCACACCUCAAACAUCAGAGCUGGGCCCUGGAGAACAGGAACUGAUCUUCCUCAAGGAAAAGUUUAAUAAGGAGAUCAAGUCCUCAUUGAGCCAGCCAGCAUCCUUUGACCUGCCUGGCUACAGUUCAUUCCGUGAGCCCCAUCGGACCCUGGACUUUCUGGCUGAGCACCACCUCUUCCCUGCUCUACAGAGUGUGGUCAGCCAGGCUGUGGACAAGCUCAGAGGUGCUUGUCGCCACGAUGGCUGCCCUCUCUUCCCAUCAGAAUGGGAGCCUGCAACAGAGCCCAAUUCUGACUCCAUGCCAGGCUCUAAGCCAACCAUACCCACUGCCAAGGAGGAUCCCUAUGAUAUGCUACCCACCAGAGCCUUCAGCCCCAAGAUGGUUCACAGAAAGACCACCAAGGGCAAAGGAUGGGCCAAGGUCAAGGAAAGUGGUUCCCCCAUGUCUAGUGCCCAAGCGGCCACCAGUUUCACGCUCAAGGUGACACACACAGAAGAACCCAAAGUCCCCUCACCCCACCCCAGACAGGAGGCUCCUGGCCAGGACCAGACACCAUCCAUACCUGCUUCAGGGCCCCAGAGCUUCAGACAGAAGGCCCAGCCCUGGCGGAGACUGCAUCUUACCCUGCCUGCCCCUGGGGUCGUGGUUGAAGGGCCCUCCAGCCAGAUCCAGCCCACCACACAGGGUACAGCUCCUCUCACUUCCCCCUGCCCUCGCUUCUCCCACCACCUCCGCAUGUUCUCACCAUUUGCCUCCUCGAGCCCCAAUUACAAGUUCAUGAAGAAGAUGCCACUGCCCUCCAUCUCAUCCAAUUCCACCAUGUCCCACCUCUCCAAGACCUCCUACCAGGAGCUCAUCAACUACUUGGAGAAACAGAUUGUGUCCUUGCUCAUCUAUAAAUAUAAGUUUGAGAAGAACCUUUCCAAGCAGCUGGGCUUCAUCUCCUUCCCUGUCACCGAGAUACUCAUGGACCUCUUCCUGGGCUUUAAGGAAGUGAAGGGCUCCCACAUCUCCCUGUCCUCAAAGAUCGACUGGAGCUGCCUGCUGCGCAAACUGGAAGCCUCCCAGCGCGACUCCGCUUCCCAGCGAGACUCUGCUUCCCAGCGCAACACUGCCCACCAGGGGGUGCCACCGAGACACAUGGAGUCCCCCUCCAUGCUGCCAGAGCUGUCCACCCAAGAGGAUGAGGACACAGAACCCAGUCUCCACAGUGCAUUGCUGGACCCUCAGCUCCUCCCAGCUCAGGAGGAUACUACAGUCGAGGAGAAGGAACCCAAGAGCCAGGAGGAGCCCAAGCCCUCCAUGUUCUCUGGCACCGAUGGAGGCUCUGGUCUGUGUCAUGAAGUCGUGGACAUGAAGGACAGUCAGGAUGAUGAGGAGGAAGAGGACGAGGACAACGAUGAUGACUUCUUUGUGAGCAAGGGCAAGCCCCAGAGCUCAUCUGUCGUGGAGACAGAUGACUGCAGUGACUCCAGAGACGUGGGCCACAGUGACCCUCUGUGAGGCCCGUAAUUUGCACCCAAUGCUUGAUUCCCUGCUCCUCCUCUUGCUCCAGUGGAGGACUGCCCCAUUGGAGAACUCCCCCCACCCACACUGGCCCCUGCCCUGAGCAGAGGUCAGGGCGGUCUGAAUGCCCAGGAGGAGCUCUGCUGGCCUGUCAGGAGAGCCAAAGAGGGAAAUAAAGCUUGUAUUGAUGGAA